AUGACUUCUACACUUAAGAGAACAUUGACAGACAUCAUGGAAGAUGAGCUUUAUUCUCCGUCAUCUUUUCAGUCACAUUCACACACCGCAGGUAGUACAACGAGUAGUUUCGGGGGGUCUAAUGGUGCUUUUGGGACAGGCUCCGGGUUCCAGCAUUUCCGCAGGGAUCAGUUUCCCUCUUACAAUGAUUACCGACAUUCUUUUAUGAGUCCUUCGUGGCCACAUCAGAUGCAAUCACAGCAGCAGCAGUCCCAGCAGCAAGAUGAUUUAUCAAGAUACUUGCACUUGAAUGGAUCACAAGAUUCUUUUGAGCAGACAGAUGGCAGUAGUAUAUCGUCCAUGCCCCAGAAGAAUGAGCCACAGGAGUUUGUGAAUUGCGAUACGGUAUUAAAGCAUCCACAGCUACCGACUGUGGGCGACACAAAUGAGCCUCAGUACAAAUCUACUGCGAUGAGACAGACAUUGUCUGAGCCUAGUAGUAAGCCGUGCUCUGUUCCGUUUGGUGUUUCUGGUGCAGUGUCGGACAAUACCAGCAGCGCAGGUUCUGAAUCUAAUAAAGCAUGGAAUAAUGAUGUUCAUUCGGGGCACGAUAAUAGUGAAAAGGAUACAAAGUUUGGUAAUUUGGACGAUGAAGUGAUCCUGGUUCCGCAGGAUGAUUACCUAUUUGACCAGAAUGACUCCCAAUAUUAUCCAAAUAUUUUGCAAUUUGGACUGGGAGACGGAAAGCCGCUACCAGAGAGUGACGAGCUCAAUGUCUUCAAGUCUAACGAUGUGUAUCCAGAGGAUGAGUUUUCGGAGGAUGACGAGGACGAUGACGAUUUGAAUAAACUGGAUAGUAUGGAUUGGGAUGAUUUGAGCAGCGAAAGCAGUGUUGGUGAAGAUGUUGCUGGCUCAAGGAAAUAUUUGACCAAUUCUGGUACCUUCAGGAAUCCGGCCGAAGUUGUUCAGGUAAUGGAUGAUCUUUACAAUGAUGCUGGAAACCCAGAGUCGAUUUACACUCUUCCGUUUGGGAAUGCCGGCUCUGAAAAUACAGUCAAAGCAGGAAAUCCAAUUGUUGCACCACCGCUCUUGGGUAAGCCUAUGAAAAAGCAGCGUGAUUCUAUUCAGCCAUCACGGUUCAGAAUGCCAGAUGUGGCCAAUCAGGCAAUAGAAAAGGCAAAGGUGAAUACGAAGAAAGGGCGGCCGGUCUCCAACAAGCGCCAAAAGAGGAUCAGAUCCAAGACUCCGGUUCUUAGGAAGGCCAGAAACUUAAAGGUCAGUGCUGAUAGUUUGAAGCAGGAAGAGCACGUCUGUACUAUAAUUAAUCCAAAAACAGGUAUGCCUUGCAACAAGCGGUUUUCACGUCCAUAUGACUUGGUUAGACAUCAGAAUACUAUUCAUGCCCCAAAAAGAUGCUUUUAUAGAUGUAUGUUUUGUGAGGAUGACUUGAGGAGAAAGCACCAUCUGGAAUCAAACAACGUUGUGGUUUCGCAUUGCGGCUACAGAAAUUCAAAAUUCUCAGUCGAGAAUUCUCGAAAUAACAUGGCCAAUUCGCACAAUUCAAAGAAGGUGAAGGCAUCUUCUGCAAAAGGAGGUUACUUGAGUAAUAAAACGUUCAGCCGUUGUGAUGCCUUGACCAGACAUUUGAGAUUCAGGCAUGGUUUGAACAACGAGCAGGUUAAUGAUGCCAUGGGUUAUGCAAAAAAGCAUGUGGAGUACUAUGACAACUAA